AUGAUUUUUCAAGGAUGUUUUUGGCAUAAAGCAUUAAAUGGUGUGAAAAGUUUGCUACUCCUCAGUUUUAUGUUGCAAAAAUAUUUCUUUUGAAUAUUUUUGUUGUUUAAAGCCUAUUCCGUGGACUCUAAUUAAUAUCAAGCGAAUAGAAAACGUGUGGAACACUUUUAGCAGAGUUUUCGGACGUGCAGUAUGAGAAAAAGAGGAGGAUUUCGGCGUAGCCGAAGCCGUAGUCCGCGUCGUGGUGGCGGAGGUCCCGGUGCCAUGAACAAACGGUACGAGGUCGGGAAGGGACAGUUGUUAAAACCGAUCAAUUGGAGCCAUCAAAAAUUGGACUCCGUGGUCAGGCCAUCUUUUCGCCCCAAGCUAGAUUACAGACGAUCUGAGCGUGAGAUAUCCGAGUGGAGAAAGUCGAAGGAAAUAACAAUUAAGGGUCGUGAUGUCCCAGAUCCAGUAUUUACGUUUGAGGAAAUUAGCUUCCCUGCGGAAAUUUCUGAUGAGUUACGUUUUUCCGGAUUUACGAUUCCAACUCCAAUACAAUCGCAGGGUUGGCCGAUAGCCCUAAGCGGCAGAGAUAUGGUGGGAAUUGCAAAAACUGGAUCUGGUAAAACCCUUUCCUAUCUUUUACCGGCCAUGAUACAUAUUGAUCAGCAGACCAGACUGCGUCGUGGAGACGGUCCAAUUGCAUUAAUUUUGGCCCCGACACGUGAGCUGGCCCAGCAGAUUAAGCAGGUGACAGAUGAUUUCGGUCGGACGAUAAAGAUUAAAAACACUUGCCUUUUUGGUGGAGGUGGCAAAAAAAAUCAAAGUUAUGAUUUGGAUCGUGGUGUUGAAAUAGUUAUAGCAACUCCGGGUAGGCUCAUCGAUUUUCUUUCCUCUGAUCAUACUAAUCUUCGGCGAUGCUCCUAUCUUGUGCUGGAUGAGGCUGAUCGAAUGCUGGACAUGGGUUUCGAACCGCAAAUUCGAACUAUAAUUGAACAAAUACGCCCGGAUCAUCAAACUCUCAUGUGGUCGGCAACCUGGCCAGACGCGGUUGCACGGCUUGUGAAGGAUUAUCUUAAGGACUACAUUCAGAUCAAUGUAGGAUCGCUGAAAUUAGCCGCCAAUCACAACAUUUUACAAAUUAUUGACGUGUGCCAGGAGUUCGAAAAGGAAACUAAGCUCAGUAUUCUCCUACGGGAGAUUAUGGCCGAAAAAGAAUGCAAAACAAUCAUUUUCAUCGAGACGAAAAGGCGAGUCGAUGACAUAACUCGUAAGGUGACCCGCGAUGGCUGGCCGGCGAUGUGUAUUCAUGGCGAUAAAUCACAGAAAGAUCGUGAAUAUACUCUUAAUUCUUUCCGCUCCGGCAAGACGCCUAUUUUAAUUGCUACCGAUGUCGCUGCCAGAGGAUUAGAUGUAGAUGAUGUAAAAUUCGUUAUCAACUUUGAUUAUCCGACUACAUCGGAGGAUUAUAUUCAUCGUAUUGGUCGUACUGGUCGUUCAAACAAUACAGGCACGGCGUACACUUUUUUCACCCCGAAUAAUGCCGGCCGAGCUCGUGAACUAGUUGCAGUACUAAAGGAGGCUAAGCAGGUUAUCAACCCCAAGCUGCUGGAUAUGUCUAAUAGUCGCAUGAGAGGAAAAGAUAACCGCAAUCAUGUCAAUUCUCGCUAUCCACGUGAACGACGUUCGCGAUCUUUUGAUCGCCGCGGAACCUACCGACGUCGUUCCUACUCGCGCUCUCGAUCCCGGUCCCGUUCACGAACACGCUCUCGUUCUGGUUCGCCAAGAUUCUCAAAGCGGGAUGUGUACCGUCCGGUGAAACGAAGUCGGUCUCGCGAAAGCCGUAGUGUGGAUAGCGGUCGCAGUGACAAACGAAAGAGAGUUGUGCGUAAAACAAGUCGCUCGGCUAGUCGAUCUCCACCGCGCAAACGUGGAAGCCGAUCCCCACAGCGCAAAGCUGGAAGUCGAUCCCCGCCGCGCAAAGGUGGAAGUCGGUCACCGGUGCGCAAACGUGCAAGCCGAUCUCCACUGCGCAAACGUGGAAGCCGAUCUCCACUGCGCAAAGGUGGAAGUCGAUCUCCAGCACGCAAAGUUGGUAGUCGAUCUCCACCGCGCAAAGGUGCAAGCGCAGUUGGUGCUGGGGGUGGCAAUCGGAAGCGCAACGGAAGAAGUAGAUCUCCAACUCCACGUAAAUAUCGUAGUCGCAGCCGCAGUCGUAGUCGUAGCCGAAGUCGGAAAAGUAGCCGCAGCCGAAGUCGUAGCCGCAGCCGCGAGGGUAGAUUCCGUUCGGCAAAGAACGGUAAGAACGGAUCAAACUACGACAAAUAUUGAUCUUGUGGAUUGAAAUGAUGUGUUUGCUUAUUCAUAAAAUGAUUGAAGUAAUAUUUUAGGAUAAAUAUUAGAACAAUCCCCGAAUUACCUUCAAAGAAUGUACUUCCUGAACAGUAGACAGUGACAACACUUAUUGGCAUUUUUAUGUAAGGAAUCCCAUAUAUUUUAACCACAAUAUAUUUAAGGUACGAAUUUUAUUUUGCCAACUGAAUAAAUUAUUGAGAUAACAAUUUUUCGAAGGAGACAUACACUGUUUCGCAUACGGUACUCGUUAUUUUAUUUACAUUUAUUCAAUAUCUGAGAAACGUAACAUGAAUCAAACAUUCAAGCUUUUGUUUCAUACUAUUUUUUCUAUAUCUAGAUAAGAAGUA